UUUUAGUAGUAGUGGGCAGUGGGAAUUGAAUACCUUAUACGAAGAGUAUUUUUCCUUUUUUUCGCCGCUGUGAAAUUGUGAUUAUUCUAUUUUUUGUGCUCUCCGAUUUCAAUUUAUCAAACUCGAUUGUUUUUUGAAAAAGAAUCGAGAUGUUGCGAGCUCUGCUGAUAGUGGCAGUUCUUGUAGCAGUGGGAACAGGAUUUCCGCAAGAAACUAAAGAACCAGUAGGCGAGACUGCAGCGGCAAAUAAUGAUAAUGAAUCAAAAGAAUUAUUGGAGAAGGCGAAAAAAUUUUUAAAAGAUGUAAAUCUUCAACUUGGAUCGUGGAACAAUAAAGAAGUAACGGCUUCAUGGAAUUAUGACAGUAAUCUGACAGAUGCAAAUUUAGCCGAGAAAAUAAAAGUCUCGAGUCAAGCUGCCGAUUAUCAAAAGAAAUUGUGGAAAGAAGUUAAAGAAUUCCCAUGGAAAAAUUUAAAGGACGAGGACUUAAAGAGGCAAUUUUCCAAGAUCAGCACCAUAGGAACUUCCGCUUUACCGGAAAAUCUUUUCGAGGAAUAUGAAAACAUAACGAGUCAAAUGUCAAAGAUUUAUUCGACGGCAAAGAUUUGCGAACUGAGAAAUCCAACAAAAUGCGAUUUGGCCCUUGAACCAGAAAUCACUGAAUUAUUGGCAACAAGUCGCGAUGCCGAUGUUCUUAAACACAUUUGGAUUGAAUGGAGAAAAGUUUCGGCUGAAAAAAUGAAACCAUUUUUCCCAAGAUACGUGGAACUUGGUAACGAGGCGGCGAGAUUGAAUGGAUUCGAUGAUAAGUCUGCAGAAUGGUUACAUGAAUAUGAAGCCGAAAAUUUCCAGGAACAAGUCGAGGCUGUUUGGGAGGAGGUAAAACCACUUUAUCUGCAAAUUCAUGCUUAUGUGCGAAGGAUGUUGAGAGAAAAAUAUGGAGAUGCUAUUGUCAGCAAGGAUGGACCAAUUCCUGCUCAUCUUCUUGGUAACAUGUGGGCUCAAACCUGGGACAAUAUUGCCGACUUUACUAUUCCACACAAAGGCAAAAUGUUGCCUGAUGCCACUCCAGCUCUCGUUGCACAAAAAUAUGAUGCAAAUCGAAUGUUUAAAUUGGCCGAAUCAUGUUUCGUGUCAAUGAAUAUGAGCGCAAUGCCAGAAACAUUUUGGAAGAAUUCAAUUUUAACGAAACCAAGUGAUCGUGAAAUUGUUUGCCACGCGAGUGCAUGGGACUUUUAUGAUGGUAAAGAUUUUCGAAUUAAACAAUGCACACGAAUUAAUUCCGAUUCACUAUUAACCGCACACCAUGAAAUGGGACACAUUCAAUAUUAUUUGCAAUACAAGGAUCAACCGGUUAUUUAUCGUGAGGGUGCAAAUCCAGGAUUUCAUGAGGCAAUUGGCGAUGUUAUGAGUUUAAGUGUAUCGACGCCUGAUCAUUUGCAAAAAAUUAAACUCUUGGAAAAUUAUACGGCCGACGAUAAAGCCUCGAUAAAUCAUUUGUUUUUGAAAGGAAUGGAGAAAAUUGUCUUUCUUCCAUUCGCUUAUGUUAUGGAUUUAUGGAGAUGGAAUAUCUUUAGAGGUGAAGUCACUCCGGAUCAGUACAAUUGCAAUUGGUGGAAAUUGUCGGAGGAAUAUCAAGGAAUAGAGCCACCGGUUGAUAGAACAGAGCAAGAUUUUGACGCUGCAUCGAAAUAUCAUAUAAUUUCGGACGUGGAAUAUUUGCGUUAUUAUGUCAGUUUUGUCGUUCAAUUUCAAUUUCAUCGUGCCCUGUGCAUUGAAGCUGGGGAAUUUGAUCCCAACGAUCCGAAAUCGAAACCACUUCACGAGUGUGAUAUCACGGACAGCAAGAAGGCAGGAAAUCGCAUGAAGGCAAUGCUGAAAUUGGGAUCAUCGAAACCAUGGCAGGACGCUAUGGAAGUGUUGACAGGUCAACGGAAAAUGAGUAGCUCAGGUCUCUUGGAUUAUUUUAAGCCUUUAAUGGAUUGGCUCACUGCUGAAAAUAAAAAGACCGAUGAAUAUAUUGGCUGGAAAAGCAGUAAUAAACGUUGCGUGCAAACCAGAGGAGAACUUGUUUGAUUCUGUGAUAAAUAUUUGCGUCAAUUCAAUAAAGAACAUCAUUUAUUAUAUUUUUUCAAUUUACAAUAUUAUAUUGAAGAAUGAUCAAAGACAUUAAAAAAAAAACGCACUCUUCUCAUCGAAAAAA